AUGCCUCCAACAGCAUACGAAGUCUACCAAGACCUCGAGCGAGAAGAGUCAUUCGCACCUCAAGAAGGCAAAACGCAGGGCUCAUACUCAACAUGGCGGGAACGCGCCAUGAAUCGCAACCUGCGCAAAGGUCUCGCUAUAAUUGGAGCCUGCUGGCUCGUCUAUAUCCUAUGGUUGAACCGUCUGUAUGCCUCAUCUUUUAUACCGGGCUCAUCGAAUGAAACUGCCGAAAUCGCAGAUAAGGAGACAGUGGGAAAAACAGUUCCUCUCGACGUACAUAUAAUGAGCAAGUGUCCAGACGCAAAGGACUGCUUGCAGAAGUUGAUUUUGCCUGCGAUGGAAAGGAUCAGUGACAAGGUUGACUUUCAACUUUCGUUCAUUGGAAGUGUAUCCGAUAGUACUUCCGAUGUCGUAUGCAAACACGGCCCAACCGAAUGCAUCGGCAACAUGCUCAUGCUCUGCGCCGCUAAUCUUCCAUUUACUACCAGUCAAAUAUCAGCCAUCCCACGAACCCCCGUCAUCCGCUCCCUCGGCUUCGCAAACUGUCUCAUUGACGAUUACCCGGAGAUCCCAUCCCGUAGUUUAGUACAAAACUGUGCGCUGGAGCAUGGCAUCGACUUUGAGGCUUUGAAUACUUGUGCCAGUCGCGAGGAUGACGACUUUGAGAAUCCCGGUGACCCUACACCUGAGAAUCCAAGUGGUAUUGCCUUGCUGCGCAAGAGCGUACGUCACACGCAAGAUGUUGGGGUUACGAAGAGCUGUACCGUCAGACUCGAUGAGACGGUCUGGUGCAUUCGCGACGAUGGGCAGUGGAAGGACUGCGCUCAUGGAAGCGAUGUGUCGACUUUUGUGGAUGCAGUCGAGAAAUUAUGGAAGGAGAGGAAUUAG